CUCAGCAAGCGAACGUUGGCCGGCCAAGGGAUGGAAGCUGCCUGUAAUGAGGAGGGAAAGGUAGCGGAGGCUGAAUGCGCGCCGAGGGAAGAGCAGAAGAAGAGUAGACGACGGCGGAGAAAGAGGAACAGGAACGGAAAGAAGCAAAGCAGUGGUGCCGGGGAACCCCAGAACAGUAGCGACGCGAAGUUGGAGUGCCUGGACGAACACUCUGCGAAGACUGGCACCAGUGCGGCGAGCCUGCCGAAGAAGACAGGUGCCAACAGUGGCCGUAUGAGGGAGGCCUCGAGGAAGGCCGCUGCCAGUGCGAGAUGUGUGGGGGAACCUUCAGAGGUUGGCGCCAGUGUGGGAGAAUACUCGGGGGCUAGCGCAUAUCAGCCUGCCCUUGUGGAAAAUCCUCCGAAAAAGGCCAACGCGUGCCCUUUCCGUGUAAAAGAACCUCCGAAAAGGGCUGGCACAGCUGCUGCUGCUACUGCCGGUCGUAUGAGAGAAGCUCCGAAGAAGGCAGGCUUCAGUUCUCGUCGUGCGACACUGCCCUCGAUGACUGGUACCAGUUUUCAUGCAGUGCAACCACAUCCAGGGAGUACUGGUUUCAAAUCGGGCUGCCGCGUGGGGCAGUUCCGGGGCCCCGGACAUGGGCACAUGGCACAGCUCCGGGGCAGGAGUGGCGCGAUUCCGGGCUACAGUGAGUACCGAUCCGGUGCUGCCGCCGCAAAUCGGUGCCAUAUGAGUGCGUUUGUUGGAGCAGCUCAUGUUUCUGAGCAUAAGGAAACAGCAGCAGCAGCGGGGAAUACGAGCAGUGAUGGGCCUGAUCAUGAUGAUUUCUUCAAACAGCUGCUAACAGAGCCAGAUCCAUGGUCGACGAGCAGCAGCAGCGAUUCAGCUGUUCGGGGCAAAAUCGAAGGCCCAGCUUCUGCCGCAAAUAGCACUGUUGCUGGGCAAAGUGCUAGUGAUAUCCCAAGAGGCAAGGGCGAGUUGCCAAAAGACGCUUCAAACUUCUCGGCUGAUCUCAGGAAACCGAACGCAGAUAGUCUUGGCACAGCGGCGGUGCUAAAUGAGAUUCAUGGAAAAAGCGGAAUUUCCAUUUUGAAACGACCGCAGGCUGCAACUGUCAACGCAGUUCCGUCUCAGAGCGUGCCUGUUGACGAGUCAUCCACACCACAAACGCAUCAGCCGAGCAAGAGUCAACAGACCUCAAAAACAAAACCGAGAACUGAACCUCUCGUGGUUAAGGACAACUUUUUGGAUGGUGUGGAUUUGACGCCUGGAAUGUGCAAACUUCUUCAGAACGGCGAAAUAGAGAUGUUGCAGCUGCAGUUCAGCAAGCCCGAAGGGAAGGAUUUCAUCCAUCUUAUUCUGUUCGAAUGCACUGGACCCCCAGGUGGUGCAAAGCACGUUUCUCGAAAUGGCGCUAAGAUAUGCGUAUCUGCUGUGAUGGAUGAGAAUACGCCUGCUGGGAAAAUUCACAUGACGCCGUAUGAGUUGAACAGAUACUCGUUGCCUUACUUGCAAAAGCACUAUAUUUAUCGGAAGAAGGAUUCGGUGUCACGAUUCGUGCGAGCCGUUUAUUAUUGUGAAAUAUGUCACUAUCAUAUAUGGACAGUGGCACAAGCAGUGUCGCAUUUUACUGCGCGUGAACACAUCGACAAUGAAGAAAAAGAGGCGAUGUCAAAGAAAUUGGAAAGUUUGCCAGAGCCAGUGAAGGAUCAGAUGGCAAGUGUGGAAGUAAUUUUGCACCAACAGUAUAAAUCCGCAGAACUUACGGACGAGCAGUAUGAAACGGCAAAGCGUAUCGCCAGCUCGUUGUCAUUGUUAUUGCAGGCCAAUGUGCACAAAAACGUUUCAUUGUCGAUGUUUGGCUCGUAUUACAUGAAACUUGCAACAGCGAGUAGUGAUGUAAAUCUGGCUUUGACUUGUCCACCAGAACUUUCGUUUGGCCAGUCGCUGUUUCGAGUUAAAGAAACAUUGGAGGAUUCAACAAUAGGUAUUGUUUCAUUAUGCGCUAUUUAG